CAGCUGAGCUGUCAGCUGCGGAACGACGGCGACGUCACGGCCGCCGCACUUAGUGCAAACAAACCCAAGUUUCUUUUCUGGUCCUCCGCCACCUUCCGCCGAUGGCCCCCAGCGCGCAGCUCAAAGAGGCGAUGGCCGACGUGCGUGAGGGCAUCCGGGCCAUCCUGCUGGGGCCCCCCGGCGCCGGGAAGGGGACCCAGGCCCCUCGACUAGCCGAGCGCUACUGCGUGUGUCACCUGGCCACCGGGGACAUGCUGAGGGCCAUGGUGGCGUCGGGCUCCGAGCUGGGCCACAAGCUCAAGCGCACCAUGGACGCCGGCAAGCUGGUGAGCGACGAGAUGGUGGUGGAGCUCAUCGAGAAGAACCUGGACACGCCCCCCUGCGAGAAGGGCUUCCUAUUGGACGGAUUCCCCCGCACGGUCAAGCAAGCCGAGCUGCUGGACGAGCUGCUGGACAAGCGACACGAGCGGCUGGACGCGGUCGUAGAGUUUGCCAUCGACGAUUCCCUGCUGGUGCGCAGGAUCUGCGGGAGACUGAUUCAUCAGCCCAGCGGCCGCUCGUACCACGAGGAGUUCAAUCCCCCCAAAGAGGCCAUGAAAGAUGACGUGACCGGCGAGCCGCUGAUCCGCCGCAGCGACGACAACGAGACGACGCUGCGCUCUCGCCUGGACGGGUACCACCGCCAGACGGCGCCUCUGGUCCAGUACUACGGCGCCAGAGGCCUGCACGCGGCCGUGGACGCCGCCAAGAGCCCCGACGUGGUCUUCGCCUCCAUCGCGGCCGCGUUCGCCGCCGCCCGGGCCGCCCCGGCCCGCGCCACCGCCUCUGCUUGAAUCCCGCGGACACUCUCGCACGAAGAACCGGAGAAACGUUGCGACAGAAGGACGGACGGGACGGCGGCUGCACGGAAGCGGAGAAAUCCUCACGUGGCGGGCCUUCGACGCCAGCCUUAGAAUCCCGGCGUGUUCCGAGCGAGGCGAGCUUCGUCUCCAUCGUUCCCGUGCUUCCAAUAAACCUCAUCUUUUUUUCUA